GUAAGUUACACCUCCACUUCGCUCGACCACUUGUGAUGCAUGUGAUGAGUGACUCGGAAGACUAUAGGCCAGAUCCCCCUCCAGAAACCUGCGAAGCAACCGUUCGUGAAAGCUCGUAUCCCACUACAACUGAAAAUCUUAUUGGCUGCGUCAACCAAGGCACAUCCGGCGACCCUGCUUCGAAGGUUCUUGAUAUCCCCUCUGGCGUAGAGGAAACCCCCGGUCCCAAAUCAGUCGGUGCUGAACUUCAGGUUACCCACGAGGCUUCAGCAUACAUGAAUCCACUCGAGGGGGCUAUCUCCGCGUCCACGAGCGCGAAUGUGAAUAUUAGUCACCUUCCAUCAGGUUGGGAGAUGCGCCACACCUCCACUGGCAGAAUGUACUUCGUUGAUCACAAUACCCGCACUACGACUUGGGAUGAUCCAAGAUUUUCCUCGAAUCUGGAUCCUAAUGCCCCUCAGUACAAGCGUGAUUACGGACGGAAGGUGAUAUACCUCCGCGGUCAAUCUGUAUCAUCAAACCGGUCUCUGCGUCUCUGUCAGAGCACACCCAUACUUUGCUCCGAGUCCUCAACAAGGGUACCCACUCUUCCACGCGGCUCAUCUCUCAGUUCCAUUCUCAACGGCCGAGGUUCAACUUCCAACUCGGAGCUCCCAACCUCGUCAGAUAAUGCAACAAUACUGACCAGACCUCCUAUAAGACACACGGUCACACCUUCUGCAUCAUCUUCUGUCCGUACUCCAUCAAUCUCCGCGACGCAGCCGCGCGUUCGGAAUCCCACUCGCAGCAGCGGUGGUCAUGUCCCCCUACCGGCAGGAUGGGAAGAGCGUCGGACGCCAGAAGGACGUCCCUACUUUGUCGACCAUCUUGCACGCCUGACGACAUGGACAGACCCACGUUCCUCUGCUGCGGAGUUUGUAACAUCCGCCGCCAAUAAUACCCCAGCAGGUCUCACUACCGCAGAUAAUUUCCAGACCAAUUAUCUCCAACCCCUGAAAAAUUUUGACACCGCCAUUGAGAAGAUCGCAAAUGUACACCCACACGCAGAGAUGGCAUUGGGCGUACUUUCUGCUGCAGUCAAAAUUAUUCUCGCUCAAGCGGAACACGACGAAUCGCUACAACGCCUUCUCCAGAAAUUAGAUGAAGUUUACGGCUUCAUCACCCAAGACGACAACCUUUCCAAGGUUGAAUCGAUGCAUGAUGUCAUCGGAAAGAUCGCUCAGCAGACUCUCGAGUGUGCCCGUUUCAUCAGGGAAUACUCGGAGACAAAGAGCUUCUGGAAGAGAGUCGGUAAAAACAUUGUCACGGAAACAGAUGACAUCGUCACACGGUACAACAACGCCUUGGAUGGGCUUAUGCAGCGAUUUCGGGAUCAAACUCAUCGGGACAUAGCUAUCUUUGUCCAGUUCGCGGGUGAAACACUCAAUCUCAGCGGUAUAACUUAUGCAGCGGGCGCGGGACUAGAUACUGCGAAGCAAUGUCUGUCAGGCACCCGCACGGAAAUUCUCUCCCAAAUCACUGAGUGGAUCAAUAGUGACGGAGAUUCUGUUCCACGUGUGAUGUGGCUUUCCGGUUCUGCAGGCAGGGGGAAAUCAGCCAUCGCCCACACGAUCGCUAAGUGGUUCGAGGAAAUGGGAGGCCUUGGUUCGUGUUUUUGUUUUGAUCGGCAUAGAGAAGCAGACCGCCGUCAUGAAAAGAUUUUCUCCACCAUCGCGCGCGAUCUCGCUGAUCGUGAUCUGGGAAUGAAACGAGCAUUGGCGGAUGCAGUCAAGAAUGCAAACUCCCUCAAGAACACGACGAACAUUUUCCAGCAGUGGCACAAGCUUCUCACGGAACCGCUAAAGAAGUUCUCUGCUUCGAGUGUAGGGCCCGUUUUAAUCGUGAUCGAAGCACUGGAUGAGAGUGGUGAACUGGAGACGCGACAUAACCUCCUCCGCAUACUGGCCGGUAGAAUUCAGAAUGAAGAGCUUUCCCAAAUCACUGAACUCCCUUCCAACUUUCGGAUUCUCGUCACCUCUCGCUCACUUCAUGAUAUCGAAAAGGGCUUUGAAGGUGCUAAUCAUAUUCUACGAUUGUCUAUGGACGCUAUUCCAUCAGAAGUCAUGGAACGCGACAUUCACGCCUUUGUAUCUGAGGAGCUAAAGGAGCUACCAGAAUUACAGGACACACAUCUUGCGGUCCUCGCUUCGAAAUCUGACGGACUCUUCGAGUGGGCGGGUCUCGCGUGCGAACACAUCAAGGAAGCCUAUUUCGGCUCAUCUCCAAUGGACCGCUUCAAUACUGUCGUAAACCGCAAUCCUGGGGAGCGGAGAAACCUUUUCUAUGAUCUAUAUAGGCACAUUCUAGAAGAAGUCAUGCCAAAGGAUAGGUAUACAAAAUUCCAGUACCAGCAAGUAAUAGCGAGAUUUCGUUCUGUGAUGGGACAAAUAUUUUCCGUAGCCGAACCUCUUCCUUUAGUUUCACUGCAAGCCAUGCGGCACCAUUUCCCGGAAGUUCACGACCAUUAUGAAAUAGGUGUAGUGAUAAAAUGUAUGGGAGCCCUCUUCAGCGGCACCACCGACUCAUAUACCCCCAUCCGACCCCUUCAUGCGACCUUUCAAGAAUUCCUCGCGGACGAAUCUUUCAGCGGAGACUUCUUCGUCGAGCGAACGAAGGCGCAAGAACGCAACCUUUCAUUUGCGUCACUACGAGUGAUGACACAUGACCUUCGCUUCAAUAUCUGUGAUUUGAAGUCGUCGUACCUCCCUAAUUCCCAGGACACGGAACUGCCUCAACGAGUCAAGACAUACAUUCCCCUACAUCUCUCCUAUUCUUGUCGACAUUGGGCUACACAUGUUCAGAAAACGGAUUUUGACGACGAGCUUGCAAAGGAAAUAAUAUCACUCUUUGACGAUGAACGACUGAUGUUCUGGAUUGAAGCACUCGGACUUCUCAAUGCAAUUAGCGAUGCAAUAACUGUUCUUCUACUGGUUACCAAGUGGCUAGAAGGGCCAUUCUGGAUACGAGGAUUUGCGGUCCAGCACGAUGGAUGUACAAAGAUUCAUUCAAGUGUUUGGCGGCAUGAUUUUGCACAGCACGCCACAUCUGUAUUUAUCAGCGCUCCCAUUCUCGCCCUCCAACUCCACCAUCGCUACCAAAUUUACGGCAAGGUUUCCGAAUAACCUUUGUCUGGCAUCUGGCCGUGAUGUGAACUGGACAGUUGUUCAGGCCGUAAUCAAUGGGCGCACUGGAUCGGUUUUAUCAGUCUCGUUUUCACCGGAUGGUGCU